AGCUUGUUGCUUUUUUUAAUGAUUCUUUUUUUGGCGACGCCGCUGUAACUUGCACCACCAAACCAUUUCCUUCCUCUUCCUCCUGUUAGCUUCCGAAUUUUGCCCUCCAAUCUUCGAUCGCCUUCUCCAACAAGGAGCUUUGAUUCCUCAGCCUUCUUCGUCCUUGUUUUCCGCGCUUCAACAAUCAACCCUGCUCAAAUCCGUCGCUUUCGGCCUCGGUUUCAUCGAAAUCGUCGCCGCUGGUGGGGGCUGCACCAGCUCGCUGAAAAGGGGCGCAGUCUUGCCCCUUCUGCGUGUCCGAACCGAUCUCGCUCCGUUACGGAAUAAGAAUGGCUUCUUCAGUAGCAUGCCUUCAUGCUGCCAGUUCCAUCCAAGCACAGGGUUUCAAGGGUUCGUCAACAGGCUCGCCAAAUAAAAUUGGUGCUUUCCCACUGCGAAUGGUUCUUAAGGGAUUCAGCCUCGACGUGCCUCUCCCUGAAAGAAAGGGCAACUGCCCUCGGAGCUUGAAUUUGCAUGUGGUUCGAUCAUCGAGCUCGCAAUCCUCCAUUGCUGAUCCAAUUGAACUACCAUCAAACAGCAAUUCUACUGAUUCCCAGAAAAAAUCAACUGAAGCUUCACUAAUUCUGAUCAGACAUGGAGAGUCUUUGUGGAAUGAGAAAAACCUCUUUACUGGUUGUGUUGAUGUGCCAUUGACUAAAAAGGGAGUGGAGGAGGCAAUUGAAGCCGGUAAAAGAAUAAGGAACAUACCUAUUGACAUGAUCUAUACAUCAUCCCUGAUACGUGCCCAAAUGACUGCUAUGCUUGUGAUGUCCGAACACCGCCGUAGAAAGGUGCCAAUCAUCAUACACAAAGAGACUGAAGAGGCCCAGAGAUGGAGUCAGAUAUAUAGCGAAGAGACCAAAAUGCAGUCCAUCCCUGUCAUUACAGCUUGGCAACUGAAUGAAAGAAUGUACGGUGAGUUACAAGGUCUCAAUAAGCAAGAAACAGCCGAGCUAUUUGGAAAAGAGAAGGUUCAUGAAUGGCGUCGUAGCUAUGAUGUUCCUCCCCCAAAUGGUGAGAGUUUGGAGAUGUGUGCAGAAAGAUCUGUGACUUAUUUCAGAGAUCAAAUUGUUCCUCAACUCCUGGCUGGGAAGAAUGUAAUGAUUGCUGCACAUGGAAACUCCCUCAGGUCCAUCAUAAUGUACCUGGACAAAUUGACUUCUCAAGAGGUCAUCAAACUUGAACUGUCAACUGGCAUUCCAAUGCUUUACAUAUUAAAGAAUGGAAAGUUUAUUAGGAGAGGCAGCCCAAUAGCUCCUUCUGAAGCUGGUGUUUAUGCUUAUAGCAGAAGUCUGGCUCUUUACAGACAGAAACUAGACAAGCUGGAAGAAAUGUUUGAAUAAGACGACGACUAUGAGUAAUAAGCUUCUCUCCCAUUGGCAACAAACUCAGAAUUCAAAAGAUACUUGUGCAAAGGAGUACAAUUGAGAUAUUUCUUAUUUUGAGCUUUGCAGAAGGAAUUUAUGUAUACUCCUAGAGGAGAUAUAUAGACUCGCAAACAUUGAAUUAAUCUAAAUAAUAUCUUAAACUGAAUGGAGAUCUUGAUGUUUUGGAUUUAAGUUAAGGACAAUAUUUGAGAAAACUAUCAUUUGAUUUUA